GAAAUAUUCAGAAUUAUGGGUGAAGUUCAUUGAUGGAGUUCGAGCUCUUGACAGUUUCUACAUAUGCAUGGGACCAAGCAGCAUCACACUAAGCAGGGUCCUGAAGGCCAAACAGAUUUUAGAAUUCAUCUUAAAGAACAUUUCUGUUUUCAGUUUACACAACUGAUCUCAAGUUCUCCUGACCUACUCUCUAUUGCUUUUCAUUCGCUUAGCGUGUUUAAAUAGAUCACCACUGCCCUCUGGUGGACACAUGUGGUACAGGACCGCAUUAGGAGAGAAAAAGCUGCAGAUUAAUUUGCUUUUUCGGGUGUCUGAUUAAAUUAUUCAGUGUCUUGGUGUCCAGAACUACGUGGCAUCUAUCAAUUUUUAUAGGGUAUGCGUUGUUUUCAAACACUGACAGCUUGUCAGUGUUACAGAAAGCAAGAUUUCAAUCUUAUAGUAUUACUACAUUUCUACAUUUUCUAAUUUAUGCAGAGUCGAAUGAUCCCAGAAUGGGGUUGUGGGGGACGGUAUAAACUAGGAUAUAACCAGUUUGACUCCAAUUUAGCACCACUGCUAGGGAGUCUAAUCAUAAUACAGUUACAGAUUUGUGAAUCAAAAUACCAUCAGUGCAAUGGUCUGGCAGCUCAGUCUGUGCAGAAGAAGUCGCUGCUUUAAGAAACUGCCCAAUGUGCUGUGGCCGGUUUUCACACUUGCAGGAAACGCAUGCGCGUAGGGAAACCAACUGGUUUGUGUUGAGUCAAGGUAGACGGAUGUGAUCGUGGUCAUGUGUGAUCAUGGUGGCACAGUGAGUACACAUUUAUAUUUGAUUUUUAACAGUUUGGCGCCCGUGCUCGUACAUCUUUUUGGAGAAUAAGGCGGAUAAUUUCCGGAUCCAGUGAGGCUGGAGCAUCUCUGUCUGGACUUCCCAGCAUCCAGAAACAUUACAAUGCAUCUUGGACAAUUCGUGCAUAUUGUGAUCUGCAUAAAAAUCAUUAAACCGUUGAUCAAGCAAAGUAAAUAUUAGUAGAGCUGCUGCUUUUAACCUAAAGUAAUACAAAUCUGACUACACUGUAAAUGAUCAGGUUUUCUGAUCACAUAAUGUCAUUAUGUUUCUAUAGAUGGCUGUAUACUGCAUGCUUUAGGGCAACUGCAUUUCAUGACUAGAGCAUCAUGUGUGUGUAUUCUCCGGAGGAUGCGACUGAUGGUGCGAUUGCUGCCGUCCAAGAGUAACGCCUUGUCGCUAUCAUUGCUGCUCAUCCCUCAGACAGAAAGAGGAGAAGAGAGAUGAGGAGGGGUUGUGGCUCGUCACAAUUUGGUUCUGUCACAUUCGCCAUAAUCCAACAAAACGUCCAUGGGAUCAGAGCGGGCGGAGAAGCAUAAGAAACAGCUGCAGGUUCAUCGGGAAACAGCUGCAAGUGUCCUCCAAGCGCACCACAGGAUGGGAAGCACCGCCACCAACGCCUCAAACGCCUGCUGCUUCUGCUGGUGCUGCUGCUGUAGCUGCUCCUGUUUGACUGUUAGGAGUGAGGAUGAGUCAAUUCAGAGAUCCACCUUUGAACGCAAGCCAGGGGAAACCGCUAACUGUGAAGAAAGCCCGAAGCCUACUCUGGAAGAUGUCCACUCCUGGUCGAUGUCGUUUGAGAAGGUGAUGAAGAGCGCGGCAGGUCGCAGCUGCUUCAGGCAGUUUCUGCGGUCAGAGUUCAGUGAGGAAAACAUAAUGUUCUGGCUCGCCUGCGAGGAGCUCAAAAAGGAGACCAACAAGACUGUGGUGGAGGAUAAAGUCCGUCAAAUAUAUGAGGACUUUGUCUCGAUCCUUUCCCCUAAAGAGGUCAGUUUGGAUUCUCGGGUUCGAGAUGUGAUCAACCGCAACAUGCUGGAGCCAACCUCGCACACAUUUGAUGACGCUCAGCAGCAGAUCUACACACUGAUGCAGAGAGACUCGUAUCCCCGCUUUAUAAACUCAGCUGUGUACACAGAUCUGGUGAAGAACCUGGAGGAGCCUCCACCUGAGCCAUAGACUCUUCACUGCAGCACACUUUGCUUUUGACAUUGGUGCAUGCGUCCCACUCGAAGGAGUUUUGUGUUCUUGCUGGAGGGCUGCUAUUUAAAGAAAGAGACAGGAAAAUGAACACUACUUAAAACCAGUCUUUAUCCAGCUGUAACUUUAUUAUUUAUCCAUGAUUAGCUUACCAAAAUCCCUGGAGCAAACAAGAACAAAUGCUAAGAUAAGCAUCACAGUUACUUGUUCAAAAACAUAUCUAUAUUUUUAUACACUCCCUAGAGCUUGACAUUGCACUUUUCUACCUUGUUUAAUGAGGGAGAGCAUGCAUCUGUGAGCACUGUAUUUGUAUUUCGGUAUAUUGUGGGCCUUAAUGCAUAUCCAGUUCUUGUAGACACUAGUAAAUUUUAUUUAACUGUGACUUAAGAAGAAGGAAAGUGCCUUGGAAUACGAUCUUCUACAUUCGCACCUUCGGUCCAACAUGGACGGUGCAACAAUGACUUUGUAUGUUGGUGCUUUCAGCUCUUCUCAAAGAUAAUGUUUUUACAACUGGAUGAGCUGAUACCCAGAAACAGAUCAUGUCAGUGUGUUUCAAUACAGUGAUAUUAGUCAUAAUAUAUUAAAGAAAAAACAGAAUAUGUGACCGUGACCACUGAUAUAUUUAUGUAUUUAAAAAGGUAUGUGUGAAAUAGCUAUUUGAAUUCUCACAAAUAAAAUAAAGCACAAUCAAUCAUAUGUUGUGUUUCCUGUCAUGUUCCAAAAAGCUUCAAAAUAUUUGAUAAACUAUUAUUUGACAGGUUUCAUACAUGGGUGGUGUAUUAAGCUGCUUUAAAAUAAUAUGAUCUCUGCAUAUGUGCUUUGUUUGCAAAUGCCUUAUGCUGUGAUUAGUUUAACAAAUGUAAUAUUCUACAAGUUAGUGCGGCAAAAAAAAAAAACAAUUUUCCUCUGAAUGGUCUGUUUUUUUUUUUCUAUUUUUGAAGUUUUGUCUAAGAUACCAGAAGAACUG